AUGAAAGGCUUCCUUUCCUUUGCAGUCCUGGCUCUGCUGCUGCUGCCCAGCUCCCAGGCAGUCUAUGUUCAGGAUGGAGACUUGAAAUUCUCCCUUGAGUCUGUGAAGAAGCUAAAGGAGCUCAUGGAUGAGAAGAGACAGGUUAACCCUCGCAUGAUGGUGUCAGUGGCUGGCUCCUCCCCAUGUGGUGACAAAGAACUCCCUGAGGAGUUCCAACCAGUGUGCACAAGAGGAGAUGCACCCAAGAUAUUCGAGAGGCUGAGCUCAGCUAUCCAAGAUUCUGAUUUAUGUGAGAUCUGUGCCAAUGCUGCCUGUGCUGGUUGCUUUUGAAUCAAGAGGAAGCUCUCCAAAGAAGAUGUGUUGAGGGAAGAAGCUCAUGCACCCCACAGCUCUGGGUUAUCACCACCUUUCCCAGCCCAUGCUUUCCAGCUUUCCAGUUGGAGAACUCUCUCCCUCUAGUCUGCAUGUGACCUGCAUGUCUGUACCAGAAGUGCAGCCAGUAGCUUGGGGAUGAGUUCCUGGUGUUCAGCAACACCUCCAUGGCCAGCAGUUUCUCAGUCUUGUGCUGACUGCUGCCCACUUAGGGGAUGGAUGUGGAUGAGCAGAGGAGCAUUUUCUGCAGAGUUGUAUGGAAGCUCCUUUCUUCAGGCAGAUCUUCGUGGCCAUGAAGCUCUAGUAAGGAGCAAGGAAAUCUAAACUGCAAUGCUGGAAUCGCUUUGCAAACAUUGCCUGGUGCUUUUAUUUCUGGGUGGCCAGACCUUGAAGCUGAAAGGAUCUGUCCAGUUUGAUGUGAUGUGCAUGAAAUAAAA